GGCAAUCACUUGCCCCUUUCAAAGAUGGCAGCAAGAACUGCUUCCUGCCCGGCUGGCGAGCAUCCCCGGAACUGACUGCAGAACAGCCGAAACGUCAUCACGGCGAACGGAAAUACUGGAACCCUGCUGACGAAGUCGAAACCCCAAACUCGUCGCUAAGCUACGGGGGGCUGCGCAGGCGCACAGGACAGGCCGGGCAGGAAGAACCGAAGCAGGCAGGCGACGGAAAUACCCGAAGCGCCUAGUCGCCCGAGGCCGUUGCCGACCUCGGCGCCGAACCGCGGAAGCCCAGCCUCUUCCCAUACGCUGCCGCCACUGCGGCUGCCGCCCCCCCUUCUUCCACCCUGAGCCGCAGCUCCCUCUCCGAGGGAGCAGUAAAGCGGCAAGACCCGGCAAGACCCGUGCCUGAAGCUGCAGCUGGGCCUCACAAGACCUGUGCAGGAAAAGGGAGGAAGGAGAGGCCGGGGUGGCGGGGUGGGGCCAGCUGGGCCCGACAAUAGCCGAGUCCGCCCGAGUGCUGCCGAGGAAGCCCGAGGCGCCGGGCCAGGCCAGAGCCGGACUACGGGAGCCGAGGCGGGCCGCGCGGGAAGCGACGCGGGAGGCAGCGGGGGGCCGGUAGCCAGGGUCCCGGGCCCCGCGGCGGCGGCGACAGCAGCGGCGGCGGCGGCAGGAUGAUCAAGCUGUUCUCGCUGAAGCAGCAGAAGAAGGAGGAGGAGUCGGCUGGCGGCACCAAGGGCAGCAGCAAGAAGGCGUCGGCAGCGCAGCUGCGGAUCCAGAAGGAUAUAAACGAGCUAAACCUGCCCAAAACGUGUGACAUCAGCUUCUCAGACCCAGACGACCUCCUCAACUUCAAGCUGGUUAUCUGUCCUGAUGAGGGCUUCUACAAGAGUGGAAAGUUUGUGUUCAGUUUUAAGGUGGGCCAAGGUUACCCACAUGACCCCCCCAAGGUGAAGUGUGAGACUAUGGUUUAUCACCCCAACAUUGACCUUGAGGGUAACGUCUGCCUCAACAUCCUCAGAGAGGACUGGAAGCCAGUCCUUACGAUAAACUCCAUAAUUUAUGGCCUGCAGUAUCUCUUCUUGGAGCCCAACCCCGAGGACCCACUGAACAAGGAGGCCGCCGAGGUCCUGCAGAACAACCGGCGGCUGUUCGAGCAGAACGUGCAGCGCUCCAUGCGAGGUGGCUACAUCGGCUCCACCUAUUUCGAACGCUGCCUGAAAUAGGGGGCGCAUACCCACCCCGCCAGGGCCGCCAGCCCAGGCAUCCCCUGCAAAUAUUUAUUGGGGGACACGGGAGGUGGGUGGGAAAUGGCCAGUGGAGGAAUCCCUGCCUUGGCCUUGCCUCCCCUCCUUGCCACCUGCCCCUAGGUAUUUUUUUUUUAACCAUCACAUGAUUCCGGUUGGCACUUCCUCCCCCCUGACCUGCUCAGCGAUGGGAAAUGAAUUGGUUUGCCUAGCCCCCCGCUGGGUGCUUUCCAGCCCCUGACUCUGGGCUCUGGGCUGUGGGGUGUGAAGGCCAGGGGCCUGGGUAGCUGGGCCCGGGCAACCCCCCUUUCCACCGCCGGAGGUCAUAGCAGGCUAUUAAAGGGGAAUGUUACUGCA